AUGCCUUUGCCUGCUGCCCCGCUACGCACAAUACUACUCACUGCUGCUGUAGCCGCUCUCAUAUGGCUUAAUCUCUGCCUUCCUGGUCAGCUCUCGACUAACGAUCAUCCCGUCUUACCCAUUCACUUCUCCGGAUCCCGCCCGUCCGACCCGCCCGAGCCCCACGGACUGUCGCUACCUGGAGAUUACAAUGCCCCAAACACAGAUCCGGAAUGGUGCGAGAGCAAAUACAGCACAAGAUACCUUACCAACCUACGUGAUGGCCGGCAGUCGUACUGUAACCCGAGCGUGUCAGACUCGUCACUCAACUGCUUCAAUACAAAGAUAACAGACGAGCGCACCGAUACCUUUUGCAUUGCAAAGGGGGUUUCUAUGCUGCACUCGCAUCAGUCAACCACAUUCAGACUCAACUGCACGACUUGGAAGAGUCCGGGAACAGACGGGAGCAUGGCGCUGGCGCCGCUAAAGACCGAAUCCUUCCCAAAAUAUUUGUACAACACCGGCCCAUACCACAUCUGGUCCGACUACUUCUCCACCGUCCCAGGCUUACCAUCACAACCAUUCUGUUCGGAACGGCAGGGCACCCCGAAGUACACCAUCCUUGUGAAGCGCGAUGGCGAUGGAAACAUGUGGCAUUCGUUACUGGAGAUCUUCUCCCUCUACCUCACCCUCGACACACUGCGUAUCACUCCCCAGGAUCCCUCCUCACACACCCCCGAACCAUUCCUCUCUGCCGCGGACAUGUCCUCGGCACAGAUAGUCAUCCUGGACGACUACCCGGACGGCCCAUUCUUCGACCUCUGGAAAGCCAUCGCCCCGCUCCCCGUCGUCCGCCUGAAGGACAUUCCCUCCUACGGCACCGCAGCCGCCUGCCUCGACAACGUAAUCAUCCCGCUCGCCGGCGGCAGCAACCCGCUCUGGCGCGGCGACUGGCACACGGGCUCCUGCACCCAUUCCCAGCUCAUCGACACGUUUACGAGGCGCGUCCUGUCCCACUACGGCCACGCCGCCAACACUUCCUCGACUUCCCUCCUCCCCCCCUCCUCGUCUCCCCCGCGCCCGAAGGACGACACCGACACCACCCCGGACCUAACCCUCACCUUCAUCGACCGCCGCUCCUCCCGCGCCCUCGUCAACACCGAACAGCACCUCGCCAACCUGCGCCUGCACUUCCCGCGCGUGCGCGUCCAAGCCAUCGACUUCGCCGUGCUGCCCUUCAGCGAGCAAAUCCGCAUCGUCCAAACCACAGACGUGCUAGUCGGCGUGCACGGCGCGGGGCUGACGCACGCGCUGUUUCUGCCACCGGGCGCCAGCGUCGUCGAGAUCCAGCCACGAAGACUAAACUACAAGGGCUUCCGCAACCUGGCCAAGAUGCGCGGCCACCGCUACUUCAGCGCGCACGCCGCGGCGAACGACUCGGCGCCGGACUGGCACGAUUUGGAUGUGAGUGUGGGGGAGGGGGAGUUUUUGGAGUUGGUGGGGGCCGGGAUAAGGGCGGCGUUGCAUAGGGGUGGGAGGGAGGAGGAUGUUGUUGUGGUUGGGUGA